GUGGGUAAGCGCCAUGAAAUAAGGAGCAAAGCAAACGGUACGUCUGGAGAAAAAGAAGGAGGAGGGUGCCACGACUAAGCGAUGGGCCAAGUGCAGACCGUCGACGAGGCGGCCAUUGGCGGUGACUCCGCCGAAGCAACCGCCAGAUCCACAACACAAGCCGAGGACUCUCGUGUCCCGACAGCAACCGACGAGGAGCCCGCUGCCACGACGUCCACCCGGCCGGAGGAGGCGCCGGCCGAUGCGGAAGCCGAUCUCCCGCCGGGACCCGCGGAGCUCUCGGCCGAGCCCGAGGCGACUUCGAAGACCGCUCUGCCUCCGCGCGUCGAGAUGGCUGAUGUCGCGGCCAAGGCUGCCAGGACGGGCGAGGGAUUCGGAGGGAACGCGCCAGCGUCCGUCCCUCGUCCGAGGAGCAAAGAGCAGCGGGGCGACCGGCGGGGGCGACCGAGGACCCGAAGGACACAUCGGUCGCGUCUCUCUAGGACGCCGACUCCGGUCGCGCUGAUGGUCCCGGGUGCACUGGCCACAUCGAACGUGCCCGCACCUACACCGCUCGCCCUGCCGCAGAGCGAGGACGAGGAAAUGGCCACCGGACACGUCGUAAGACAGUUGUUGGCCCGCCCCAACGCUUCGAGAUCACUGUUAAUCGGCUGAACGUGGUCCCUUAUUCUAUGGCGCGCGUCGCUCGAUCUUUGUGGCCGCGCACAACUAUGCCUCUAUUCGUUGUCUUCUAUGUCACGGUGCUCGCGACGGAUCUUGCCUAAAAUAUUGCCAGGGCCCGGGCGUGCGCAACUCACAACAGAAAGGGUUCAUGCUUACGCCGAGUUCAACGGCGGAGUUUGCAAACAGCUGAAAUAUUGUGAAAGCAUUGAACGGGCCCACUGGAGCAUCAUCUCCUUUCGUUCGCUUCUCUGUCCGUUGGUACAAUGAAUUUUGGCGCAGUUACUUUGUUUUGCGAGGAUGUAUACUAAAUUUUGAUACGAGCAUUUUUGUUGACUUUUCUUUGUAUAACUAC